AUGAAUACAGUGGCUUCAGAAUACUCAUCAGAAGUGCAAAGCACGCCAAUUGAACACAGCUUUAAUCCUUAUUCAGAUAAUGGUGGUACUAUUUUAGGUAUUGCAGGUGAAGAUUUUGCAGUCUUAGCAGGUGACACUAGACAUACUACUGACUACAGUAUCAAUUCACGUUAUGAACCAAAAGUGUUCGACGUAGGAGAUAAUAUUGUAAUGUCAGCCAAUGGGUUUGCCGCGGAUGGUGAAGCUCUAUUGAAAAGAUUUAAGAACAGUCUCAAAUGGUACCAUUUUGAUAAUAAUGAAAAGACUUUAUCAAUGAGCGCUGCUGCUAGAAACAUUCAACAACUAUUAUAUGGGAAGAGAUUUUUCCCUUACUAUGUGCAUACUAUUAUUGCUGGUUUAGAUCAAGAUGGGAAAGGUACAGUAUAUUCAUUUGACCCAGUUGGUUCGUACGAAAGAGAACAGUGUAGAGCAGGUGGUGCUGCAGCCUCGUUAAUUAUGCCAUUUUUGGAUAAUCAAGUCAAUUUUAAGAAUCAAUAUGUUCCAGGAACAGAUGGGAAAGAAAAGAGACAUAUUAAAUUUUUAACUGUCGAAGAAGUUAUUAGAUUAGUUAGAGAUGCAUUCACAUCAGCUACCGAGAGACAUAUACAUGUAGGUGAUGGGUUAGAGAUUUUAAUUGUGACAAAAGAUGGUGUAAGGAAGGAAUAUUUCGACUUGAAGAGAGAUUGA